GACAUGGCCUCGGAGGCGGUGAAGGUCAUUGUGCGCUGCCGGCCCAUGAACGAGCGAGAGAAGGCGCUCAGCUGCAAAGCCGUGGUCAGCCUGGACAGCCCCCGGGGCCAGUGCUUCAUCCAGAACCCUGGGGCCACUGACGAGCCCCCCAAGCAGUUCACCUUCGACGGGGCGUACUAUGAGAGCCACAACACUGAACAGAUCUACAAUGAAAUUGCCUACCCGCUGGUGGAGGGUGUUACUGAGGGCUACAAUGGCACCAUUUUUGCCUAUGGCCAGACUGGCAGUGGGAAGUCAUUUACCAUGCAGGGCAUUGUGGACCCUCCUACGCAGAAAGGCAUAAUUCCCAGAGCAUUCGAACAUGUGUUUGAGAGCGUACAGUGUGCUGAAAACACCAAGUUCUUGGUGAGAGUCUCUUACCUGGAAAUCUACAAUGAAGACAUAAGAGAUUUGCUAGGAGCCGACACCAAGCAAAAGUUGGAGCUGAAGGAGCACCCAGAGAAAGGGGUGUAUGUGAAAGGGCUCUCCCUGCACACCGUGCACAGCGUGGCCCAGUGCGAGCGCAUCAUGGAGACGGGUUGGAGAAACCGAGCGGUGGGCUACACCCUGAUGAACAAGGAUUCUUCCCGCUCCCACUCCAUCUUCACCAUCAACAUGGAGAUCUAUGCUGUAGAUGAGAGAGGGCAGGAUCACCUAAGGGCUGCAAAACUCAACCUGGUGGAUCUGGCUGGAAGCGAGAGGCAGUCCAAAACCGGAGCCACAGGGGAGCGUCUCAAAGAAGCCACCAAAAUUAACCUCUCUCUCUCAGCUCUGGGCAAUGUCAUCUCAGCCCUGGUAGAUGGCAGGUGCAAACACAUCCCCUAUCGAGACUCCAAGCUGACCCGGUUGCUGCAGGACUCCCUUGGAGGAAACACCAAGACCCUCAUGGUGGCCUGCCUGUCUCCUGCUGAUAACAACUACGACGAGAGCCUCAGCACUUUGCGCUAUGCCAACCGGGCAAAGAACAUCAAGAACAAGCCCCGUAUCAAUGAAGAUCCCAAAGAUGCUCUGCUGAGGGAGUAUCAGGAGGAGAUCAGGAAGCUGAAGGCCAUUUUGGCUGAACAGAUGAACACAAAUCACUUGUCAGGUCUGUUACCUGCUGAGACUACUCAGCUGGAAGUGAAGCCAGCUCUCCUCCCUGAACCCCAGCCAGAUGUCGAGGCAGAGAAGCAGUUGAUCAGAGAAGAGUAUGAGGCGAAGCUGGCCCGGCUGAAGGCAGACUAUGAAGCCGAGCAAGAGUCCCGUGCCCGGCUUGAGGAGGACAUCAAUACCAUGCGGACUUCCUACGACCUCAAGCUGUCCACUCUGGAGGAAAACCUCAGGAAGGAAGCAGAUGCUGUCCUGAGGGUUGAAACUCUCCCUGACCAGGCACCUUUGUCUCCAGGCCCUGUUGUCGCCGUCACAGAAACAGAGCAGGUGUCCACCAAGGACACAGCAGAGCCUCAGAUAGCCCAGUAUGUCGGGAGUGUGACCAGAGAGAGUCCUGGAGCAGAAGUGGCCAUUGCUGCCGAGGAGCUUCCAGUGGCUGUGGACCAGCAGCAAGUGCUUGCCAGGCUGCACAUGCUGGAACAACAGGUGGUUGGAGGAGAACAGGCCAAAAACAAGGACCUGAAGGAAAAGCACAAAUGUCGGAAAAAAUAUGCAGAUGAACGGAAAAAGCAACUGGUGGCAGCUCUGCAGAAAAUUGAUGAGGACAGCAGUGACUGGGUCCUGCUCAAUGUCUAUGACUCCAUCCAAGAGGAGGUGCGAGCCAAGAGCAAGCUGCUGGAGAAGAUGCAGAAGAAGCUGCGAGCUGCUGAGACUGAAAUCAAAGACCUGCAGUCAGAGUUUGAGUUGGAGAAGAUUGAUUAUCUUGCCACCAUCCGCCGGCAGGAGCGGGAUUGCUUGCUCUUUCAGCAGCUUCUGGAUCAGGUGCAGCCCCUCAUACGGCGUGACUGUAACUAUAGCAACCUAGAUAAGAUCAGAUGUGAGUCCAUCUGGGAUGAGGACAGUGGCUGCUGGAAACUCCCAGAGCUUGUCAUUCAAAAAACCAGCCUUCCCGCAGCAGUUCCAUCACUGCCACAGACUAAGCCAGCCAGGAAGAGCUCCUCAGGCGAGAACGGAGAGCUGCUGAUGCAGGAAGAAGACCGCUACAAACUGAUGCUGAGCAGGAGUGACAGUGAGAAUAUUGCCAGUAACUAUUUCCGGUCCAAACGAGCCAGCCAGAUCCUCAGUGCUGAUCCUAUGAAGAGUCUUGCCCAGCAUAACUCCCCUCCUGUGCUGAGCGCCCCCCUGAACAACACCACCUCCAGCGUGGCACCAGUCUCUCCUUCACAGACUGUGGAGAUGCCCCAGCCACGUCCUUUCCGCCUUGAGUCGCUUGACUUCACCACACCGUCCUCCAAAACAAAGCGCAAAGGCAAAACCAGCUUCAGCAGCGACCCCUUCUGA